AUCUCCUCCGUCCAGCCCAUUCUCUGCCAGGAAUCUUCCGUCACACCGUACCUGGUCUCUCUCAGUCCGGAAGACACCAUAGUUAGAAGUUGGUGAUCAUUUUCAAUAAAACUUCCAACAUGUUCAAGAAGUUCUGUUUGGAGGAGAUUUCAUCACAAAACCAAGUGAAGGCAUCUGUUCAACGUAGGAUCCGCCAGAGUAUUCAAGAUGAGUACCCGGGACUUGAAUCAGUGAUGGAGGAUCUACUUCCCAAAAAGAUUCCUCUUAUCGUUGUGAAGUGCCCAAACCAUCUGACCCUAGUUGUUGUCAACAAUGUCCCCCUCUUCUUCUGUAUCCGUGACGGGCCAUACAUGCCAACACUGCGGCUUCUUCAUCAAUACCCAAAAAUAAUGAAGAGGUUUCAAGUUGAUAGAGGUGCCAUAAAGUUUGUUCUCUCUGGUGCAAACAUAAUGUGUCCUGGUCUUACAUCCCCGGGAGGCGUUCUGGAUGAAGAAGUGGACGCUGAAAGGCCAGUGGCCAUAUAUGCAGAAGGAAAGCAACAUGCCUUAGCAAUAGGCUUCACCAAAAUGUCAGCAAAGGACAUAAAGAGCAUCAACAAAGGAAUUGGAGUGGACAACAUGCAUUACCUCAACGACGGUCUCUGGAAGAUGGAGCGGCUAGAUUGAGGAUGAUGUCAAAUGUCAAUGUGAAUCAGUGUCGGAGAGAGAUAAUAUGAUCUCAUUUAAUGUUCUCUCUAAACUUAUGGAGCUUUUGUCGGGAUCAACCUUAGCUU